GUAACAACUGUCAAAAGCAAAUAGCGAGAGCCGAAGAAUCACAAUUUUGGUCAGUUUUCUCAAGCGAAGUGAAGUGUUCUCUGUGAAACCGGCGUUUCUUUUGCGAACUAAUUGUCAGCCUAUAACAACGUGUUUUUUUAAACUCUAAAUAAAAAGAUUUCAGUGACUCAAUUUCCCCUAAUCGAAUUGUUAUUUAUAUAAAAUGGCUGCAAUGUCAGUUAUAGGUAUUGAUUUCGGUAAUGAAUCUUGUUACAUUGCUGUAGCAAAAGCAGGUGGCAUUGAGACAAUAGCUAAUGAUUACAGUCUACGAGGUACUCCAUCAUGUGUGGCCUUUUCACCAAAGAACCGUAUAUUAGGUGUAGCUGCCAAAAAUCAAAUGGUUACAAACAUGAAAAGCACUGUGUUUGGAUUCAAGAGACUGUUAGGUAGAAAGUUUUCUGACCCUUAUGUUCAGAAAGAGUUGAAACACUUCCCAUAUAAGGUUGAACCAAGGCCGGAUGGUGGAAUUGGCAUAAGGAUUAAUUAUUUAGGAGAAGAUAAUGUGUUCAGUCCUGAACAGAUAACUGCUAUGCUGUUCACAAAAUUGAAAGAGUCUGCUGCUAUUGCCUUACAAACACCAAUCAAUGACUGUGUUAUAUCUGUUCCUAGUUAUUUCACAAAUGCUGAGAGGAAUGCGCUGUUUGAUGCCGCUGCUAUUGCAGGACUCAAUGUGUUGCGUCUUAUGAACGAAACCACUGCCACAGCCUUAGCAUAUGGUAUCUAUAAACAAGAUUUACCAGCUCCCGAAGAAAAGUCAAGAAAUGUUGUUUUUGUUGACUUUGGACAUGCUUCCCUUCAGGUAGCUGCUUGUGCAUUUAAUAAGGGCAAACUGCGUAUACUAGCUACCUCAUGCGAUGCAUCCUGCGGUGGUCGGGAUAUUGACAGUGCCCUGGCUGAGUACUUCUGCCAAGAUUUUAUUACCAGAUACAAACUGGAUCCCAAGAAAAACCAGAGGGCAUACCUUCGUCUAUUGCAAGAAGUUGAAAAAAUAAAGAAGCAAAUGUCAGCGAACAGCACCAAACUCCCUCUGAACAUAGAAUGCUUCAUGGAAGAGCGGGAUGUGACCGGAGAAAUGCAAAGGACGCAGAUGGAGCAAAUUUGUGCUGAGACAUUCAGCCGGAUCGAACGGACAUUGAAGAAUAUACUUCAUAAUGCCAAAUUGCGGCCUGAAGAUAUCAGCUCUGUGGAGAUAGUCGGUGGCUCAACCAGAAUUCCUGCCGUCAAAGCACUCAUGGAACAAGUGUUUGGUAAAGUCCCAUCAACUACGCUUAAUCAGGACGAAGCGGUCGCCCGUGGUUGCGCCCUGCAGUGCGCGAUGUUAAGCCCCGCAGUGCGUGUACGCGAAUUCAACGUCACGGACGUUCAGCCGUACGCUGUUCGACUCGCGUGGGACGCUGAUCGCGGCGAAGAUGGCGAUAUGGAGGUGUUUCCUGCUUUCCAUGCAGCGCCAUUUUCGAAAAUGCUGACGUUCUACAGAAGAGAACCGUUCUCUGUCAGUGCUUAUUACUCUGAUGAAGUUCCGUACCCUGACACCUUUAUUGGUCAAUGGCACAUCAAAGAUGUCCAACCGACCCCGGAGGGUGAAUCCCAAAAGGUGAAACUCAAAGUCCGAGUUAACAUUCACGGAAUCAUAACGGUCGCCUCUGCGUCUCUCGUCGAAAAGAAACCAGACGCCCAAGAGAACGUGGAGAUGGAAAACUCCAACGAGAAUGUCCAGGCGAGCGGACAGGAGCUCCCGAUGGACACGAACCAGGAGAAACAGGAAAAUGGACAAGAAGAGGUGAGAGAGGAGCAGAAACAAUCGUGGACACAGAGAGUAGGACAAUGGUUGAUUGGGGACAAGAAGGAUAAAUCCAAGAAGGUUAUCGUGAAGACUAUCGAACUGCCCAUUGAGGCGCGUACGCACGGCUUCACUCAGACUGAGUUGAACAGCUAUUUGGAACAAGAGGGCAAGAUGCAGGCCCAAGAUCGCCAAGAGAAGGAACGUGCGGACGCCCGUAACGCGCUCGAAGAGUACGUAUACGAACUAAGAGGGAAAGUGUCCGAAGGGGAUACGUUACACGACUUCAUCGCUGAAGAUUUGCGGUCGCGUUUGGUCGAAAAGUUGGAUGGGCUUGAACAGUGGUUGUACGACGAAGGCGAGGAUGAGAAGAGACAGGUGUACAGUGACAAGUUAACGGAACUCCGAACGGAGGGCGAGCCAAUCAAACAGAGGCGUUUGGAGUUCGAGCUUCGCCCCGGUGCUUUGGACGACUUCGCCCUUUCCAUUCAGCUCACGAACAAGGCUGUGGACCAGUACAGAUCGGGUGAAGCCAGAUACGCUCACCUAACAGAAGCGGAGAUCGCCAAGGUGUGCGAGGCGAGCAAGAACGCCCUCAACUGGCUGGAAACCGCCAGACAGGCGCUGGCCCGCGCGCCUCUUCAUCAGGCACCGCCCUACACCACUCAUCAGAUUAGACAGGAGAGACAGAGUUUGGAGAACAUCGUGAACCCCAUACUCAGCAAGCCGAAACCCAAGGAGAAGACGCCGCCCCCGGCGAGCAACACGGCGGGCGACGGGCAGGCCCCAGCCCCCGAACAGACCACGCAAGAGCAGAUGGACGUGGAUUGAGGACCAUCAGCGAGGUACAAUUAACACUUAGUCUUCAAAUUUUAAGUUGCAAUAAAAUAAUUUUAACUCCUAAUUUGUAUAAUUUUAACGAUAUAAAUUGUUCUUAAAUUAUCUAAUACAAUAUUAUUGUGUAACAUAUAUUUUUUUUUAUUCAACACUUAGUAAAAAUAACUAUGUAUUUGUAUUGUCAAACUUUAUUUUCAAAGUGCAAUUAUAUCAUUAGAUAGCGCUGUAUUUAAUUUAUGAUUUAAAACUUAAUAAACAAUUUUUCAAAACAACUAAUUGUAUUGCUUACGACUGGUUAGAUUAUAGAAACCGGGUAUACAGUUUUUAUUUGCAGUCAAUUUUCUCACCUUGAGAAUUCAUACUAUUUAGCGCUGGACGCAUUGACAAAAUGUCUUAAUUCGGUAACAACUAUUUUUUAUUUUUUUUUAUUCACGUAUGUUAGUUACACAGUAAAACCUAUGUGAAACAACAGAAAUAUAUCUGUAAUUGUACCUCGAGGCUUAAAUUCCUAAACCUGUUUCAAAACGUAUAUAGAUUUUGAAACGGUUCAUGGAAUAUGGGCUUAGUGUUGGGUUUAGGCCUUAUUUAGUAUAAUCACCCAUAGGUAGGUCUAAAUUAAUAUCAAAUGCUUCGUAACUUUUUGUUAAACACAUUGAAAAUCUUUGUUCAAUUUGCAGCACGCUUGCGGUGCCUGUAUAAUCUGUCAUGGAAAGGUACUUAGCCACUCCUAUGGGUGGAUUUCAUAAAGUUUGCGUUCGUUAAAAAACACUAGUAAUAGCUACGAGUCGUAAAUAGUAAAGACACUCGUUUUUAUUAAAAACUUAAUUAAAGACUCCUUUAAAAGAGAGCUUGUCAAACUCCUUUCUAAAUCUAUUUUUUUUAAAUCUGGGGCUUGACAAUGACUAUGACAUUGUGAAUGACAGCUCACACUUUCACGUGACCAUUUCCCUACAAACUCCUUUGGCGAAGUGUAUUUGUCUCAACCCCUGAAUGGUCAAUUUGAUAAGAAAUGUCAGUUGAACGAAACGUCAAUGUGACAGUUGCAUAACUGAGUGAAGGGUUUUGAAGGGCGGCAAUUUUGAGAUUUAAUUUUUUAACUGAACGCAAACUUAGGUAAUAUUUUGGCUCACACGUAUUAUAUAUGCAUUUUCAUAGCAACAUAGUAUUAUUAAAAUUUGUACAUUAUAUGUACGAUUCAGUUUGUAUUGUAUUGUAAAAUGAAUUAUAUAAUUAGCAAAAUUGAGUAAUAAUGUGUGCCUAUAGGUAAUUUAAGUGUUCAUCCGUUUCAUGGGCUCGUUGUAUACUUCGCAGAUUGCAGGACAAAUUACAUAUUGCAAAAUAAACCUUAAUUACAGUGCAACCUCCAUAUAACAUAUCGGAAGGGAAAAGUAAAUAUUCGUUUGUAAGGGCUAGUUGAUCUAGGGUAGAAAAUUCAACACUCCAAUGAUGACUUGAUUCACUAUAAUCCACUUCACUGAUUUUACGUUUAUAUCUUCAAACUUGAACAAAGGAAUUGCCCGUGCGCAUGUGCUACAACCUCUUUUAUAAUCGACCAUUCCACUUCGGGCAGUUGGAGUCAAUUCGUAAACAACCGAACGAGUCAAAUGAGUAACUAUUGCACAUGCGCACUUGCUGCAAGAUUUUUAAGAAUAUGUUUCAUAAAAAACUGUUUAGAAUUUAAUAAAUUUACAUCAAGUAUUAAGUAAUUCGUUGAACUAAAGUUAAUGUUGAGGGUAGUCUAAAACUCGUUUAAAAAAAAAUACAUCAAACAACGAUUGUUUUACGAAAAACGUGUCGAAACCUAUCGCGACAUUAAUCACAUACUAUGAGAUUACAUACAUCGGUGAGAACUUUAUAUAAGGUUUUGGGUUGACAAAACUCGUUAAUUAUAGAUAUAUUUUUGAUAGUUGAAAAUUCGUUUUAAAGAAAUUUUUUCGUAAUGUGUAUAAGGGAUAUUUUACAUUAUGGACAAUUCAAAGGGAUUAAGAAUAAUUUGUUCGGUCUAGGAAGUCGUUAUAUUAAGGUUGCACUGUAUAUAUAAUUAAGGUCCCAAAGAGCUCAUGGUAUGGGACUAACAAAGCAAUUCAUAAUAACAUUCCACCUUUGAAAUUUUCAUAUUGCUUGCUCGGAUUCAUUUCACCUCCCCCCGGCUUAUGUAUAAAGGAUUCAAUUCAAUGUUACAACACCUGUGCAUUCUUAAAGCUUAGUAAAGAAAUUUAACAAUA